UCCUGGCGGGGGGGGGAAGCUCUCCUGCCGGGAGGGGCGCCCCAAAGGCCGGAGGGGGAGCAGCCAGACCUGCCCGGAGCGCGAUCCGAAAGCCUCUCCCGAGGGAUCCAGCGCCGAUCCAGCCAGGGGCGAAGCGGGACGCACAAGAAGGAACCGGAAAUCCAUCGAGUGGGAGGGGAAAUCGGGGGCGGAGCUUCUGCUCUUCUGAGCUCCGCCCACGUCUGACAGACCCGCCCCUUAGCAGCCUCAUCUCCUCUUUCCCUCCUUUCCCCUCUCCGCCUUCACAGGCGGGACUCCCCGUUUCUCCGCUGGGCAUCCGCCUCCCGGGUUCCUCUGCCCAUGCGAAGAGUGCCCUGCUGUGCCCGGGCGGGGCUGCCUCCUGCUCCAGCAUCUGGGUGGAAACUGAAGCUCCGCGAUGGCUUUUGGGGGGGAGGCAGGAGCGACAGGAAACCCCCCACGUCCCUUCGAGGAGGGCUCCUCUCCGGCUGGGAGUUUGCAUCUCCCUCAAUUGCGGUUGAACAAAAUGGAGAAAACAACUCUGACCAAAGAUUCACCUGCAAGUCACCUUUCAAGAGAUAGUAGAAAAUCAGCCCAAGGCAGCCAGUGCCAGAAAGGAUGGAGCCUGGGAAACUCUUGGAUCCCCUGUGAGACACAAGCAGCACUCCGGAAAACCACAAAAGAACCCAUGAAUGCUCAGAGUGUGGGAAAUCCUUUGCUCACAGGUCCCUCCUUUUGACCCACAGGAAGUUCCAUGUGGAAAGCGGAUCCAGUGAAGGAUUGAAAGGUGAGAAAUCCUCCUCUGGAAAAGACAUGAAAAAUUUCAGAAACCCCCCCAGACUAAAACCUCAUAAAUGUGAGGAAUGUGACUUAUGCUUUGGUCAAAGGUCACACCUUCUUAGACAUCAGAAAAUCCACACUGGGGAGAAACCCUAUCAGUGUCUGGAAUGUGGGAAUUUUUUCAGUGAAAAACGCAGUCUCAGAAACCACAAGAGAAUUCACACAGGGGAGAAACCUUACAAGUGUUGGGAAUGUGGGAAGAGCUUUUCUCAAAGGGCAAGUCUUUGGGACCAUAAGAAGGUUCAUGCAGGAAUAAAAUCUUACAAAUGCUUCGAGUGUGGAAAAUGUUUCACCCAGAAUUCAGGUCUUCGGAGUCAUGAGAAAACACACAGAAGGGAGAAAAACGAAAAGUGUCUCGAAUGUGGGAAAUGUUUUACCUCGAAAUCAAACCUAGUGAAACAUCAGAGAAAUCACACCGGAGAGAGACCCUAUGAAUGCCCAGAAUGUGAGAGACGAUUUAUGUUUCCUUCUCUACUUCAGAGUCACCAGAAGGGGCACAAAGAGGAGAAACCCUAUCAAUGUGGGGAAUGUGGGAAAGGUUUUGUUACACAAGGAGUGCUUCAGCUUCAUAAAAGAAUCCACACAGGGGAAAAACCAUACAAAUGUGGGGAGUGUGGGAAAUGUUUUUCACAAAAACAACACCUUGGAACGCAUCUGAGAGUCCACACAGGAGAGAAGCCGUACAUAUGCGUAGAAUGUGGAAAGUGUUUUACUCAAAAGGGAGACGUUUGGAGACAUCAUAAAACCCACACAGGGGAGAAGCCACAUCAAUGCUUCGAAUGUGGGAAAUGUUUUGCUCGAAAGGGAACUCUUUGGAGACAUCAUAAAAUCCACACAGGGGAGAAACCAUAUCAAUGUAUCGAAUGUGGACAAUUUUAUUCUACCACAUCAGCCCUUAGAAGUCAUGUAAAAACUCACACAGGGGAAAGAAAUUACAAAUGUUUAGACUGUGGGAGAACAUUUGCUCAUUCACGUUCCCUUAGAAACCACAGCCGAAUCCAUACAGGAGAGAAGCCCCAUAAAUGCUCGGAGUGCGAUAAAUGUUUUUCUCAAAAAAAUACUCUUGUGAUACAUCAGCGAAUCCACACUGGAGAGAAACCAUAUAAAUGUCCAGAGUGUGGGCAAUGUUUUGCCCGAACUUCAUCACUUUGCAAGCACACCAGAAGUCACACGUGGGAGUCACCUUACAAGUGUGCAGAGUGUGAGAAAACCUUUCAUAGUAAAUCUCAGGUAAAAAGGCAUCAGAAAAUCCACAAUAGAGAGAAACCUCUUCAGUUGUGAGGAAUGUGGAAAACAUUUUUUGAAAUGUCACAUCUUAUAAUUCACCAGGAACUUCACACAGCCCCAGAAGGGAAAUCCUACAGUUUUUUGGUGUGGGGAAACCUUCACAAUGACGAAACCAGCAUGUUAAUUUUUUGUCAAAGUUUCUUGUGCUUUGGAAUAUCCAGAGAAUUUUUAAAAGGAGGGUAAAAUUUACUCUGCAAUUAUUCUUGCUGGGUAUAGUUACAGAUUGUGAUACAAAGGAGGUUGUAUUGAUGUUAAAUUUGAU